AGGCGCUGUCGAGCCACUCUCGUCAGUCAGUCGCACGCAGUCCCGAGACUCAAGCAGCAGUGACCCGUCACACAACAUGAAAACACCGUAUCUGUGAACAAAACAGCGAGUUAGGAAGUAUUUAUACACUUAUUGGACUAAAGGGUUCGCAAAACUGACUAAAAAGGUGGUGUCGAGAGACAAGCUUUUAUCACCUAGAGGAAACAAGGAGGCAGACGGGUAAGGAGAGACGAGAAUCUCUCUCAAUCUGGAGGAUUUUUCCCAGACUGACUGGCAAACACGGGUGUGGCUCCCUCUCUGGAGCCGCUACUGACCUCAGCCACGCUGUCAUGGCAUCAGCCCUCACACAAUGCAGAAAGCAUCCCUGCUAACCAUCAACCCCCACACGCACACAUACCCACGCAUUCACCACACACCACCACUCACACACACAGCCAUGAUGACCACCUCUUACAUGAACGGUUACGUGACUGAAUCAGACGGUGGGGGAGGUAGCGGCGGGGCUAUGGAUGCCCAGGAGGAAGUGGGGCUGAAGCACAGGGAGAUGGCGGUGGACUGCCCCGGGGACCUGGGUGCCCGCACCCUGCCCGUCAGACGCAGCGCUCAGCUGGAGAGAAUUCGACAGCAGCAUGAGGACCGCAGGAGACGGGAGGAGGAGGGACGCAAGGAGCUCGACCUCAACUCGUCCAUGCGCAUCAAAAAGCUCUCCCAGAAUCCAAAAGUGGGAAUCGAUAACCCCACCUUUGAGCAAAUGGAGGGCUCCGGAGGCUCCAUGGGAGGCCUGCAGAGCCUCACCGCACCACCUGCUUUACUAGAUCUGGAGGAGCUGUUGAUGUCCCUGAAGCAGGUGCAGCAUUGUUUAAAUGACUCUCAGAGUCAGGAGGACGUGGAGCUGGUUCUCCAACUGGUCCAGAAGCCUGACUUCCAGAAAGCCUUCAACAUCCACAACGCUGUGGCCCACUAUAUGAACCGGCCCAGCCCUCCCUUUCCCUUGAUGGACCAUGCGCAGACCCUCACGCAAGAGGUCCAGGCCAUGCUGCACAACAGUUCACAGAAGGAGGGACUGGAGCUAAACAGCUUGCUCACAACUCCUCACAUGCAGGCUCUUAUGGUGGCCCAUGACAGUAUAGCUGAACAAGAGAUGCAGCUGGAGCCACUCGCUCCUUCCUUCAGUUCAAGCGAAACCUUCACCCAGUGGGGAGGAGAGACUGUCAAGAUUGUGCGGAUUGAGAAAGCUAAGGACAUCCCAUUGGGAGCAACCGUAAGAAACGACAUGGACAGCGUGAUCAUCAGCCGAAUUGUGAAGGGGGGCGCAGCAGAACACAGUGGCCUGCUGCAUGAAGGAGAUGAAAUCCUAGAGAUAAAUGGUGUGGAGAUUCGUGGCAAAGAUGUCAAUGAGGUCUUUGACAUCCUGGCGGACAUGCAUGGCGUCUUGACCUUUGUUCUGAUCCCCAGCCCACAGAUCAAACCACCUCCCAUUAAAGAGACAGUGGUGCACGUGAAAGCACAUUUUGACUACGACCCUUCAGAUGACCCCUACGUGCCCUGUCGAGAGCUUGGCCUUUGUUUUCAAAAGGGCGACAUCCUCCACAUCAUCAGCCAAGAUGACCCUAACUGGUGGCAGGCCUACAGAGAUGGAGACGAAGACAACCAGCCUCUCGCCGGCUUGGUCCCUGGUAAAAGCUUCCAGCAGCAGAGAGAGGCAAUGAAGCAAACCAUAGAGGAGGAUAAAGAGCCUGAGAAAUCAGGAAAACUUUGGUGUGCUAAAAAGAACAAGAAAAAGCGAAAGAAGAUGCAGUACAAUGCCAACAAAAAUGAUGACUUUGAUAAUGAGGAGGUUCUCACAUAUGAAGAGAUGGCACUGUACCACCAGCCAGCCAAUCGUAAGCGCCCCAUCGCCAUGAUCGGCCCGCCAAACUGCGGGCAGAAUGAGCUCAGACAGAGACUUCUUUCUAGUGAGCCAGACCGGUUUGCUGGCGCUGUCCCUCACACCACAAGAAACCGUAGAGAUAUUGAGGUUAGCGGCCGUGACUACCACUUUGUAUCCCGUCAGGCCUUUGAGACGGACUCUGCGGCGGGGAAGUUCAUCGAGUCUGGAGAGUUUGAGAAGAACCUUUAUGGCACUAGCACGGACUCGGUCCGACAAGUUAUUAACACAGGCAAGAUCUGCCUCUUGUGUGUGCACACUCAGUCUUUAAAGGUUUUGCGCAGCUCCGACCUUAAGCCUUACAUUAUCUUCAUCGCUCCUCCAUCGCAAGAACGACUGAGGGCACUCCUAGCUAAAGACAACAAAAAUCCAAAGCCCGAGGAGCUGAGAGACAUCAUCGAAAAGGCUCGCGAGAUGGAGCAGAACUACGGACACCUGUUUGACGCCGCCAUCGUGAACACCGACCUGGAAAAGUCGUAUCAGGAGCUGAUUCGCCUCAUCGAUAAACUAGACACUGAACCCCAGUGGGUCCCCUCAACCUGGCUGCGUUGAAACAAAUCCCACCCAGACAGUGUGACUCAUCUACAGACGGGUGUAAAUGAAGAAAUCUUUCAUCCAGUCAUUGACUUCAUGUAUUUACACUACAAAAUUCCACUAGAUAAGGACACUACGCCACCUCAGACCCUGACAGAAGUGUCUGUCUGCACUAUGCUGUCACCAGGCUGGGGCAAUGAUAGUUUAUGUCAUAAUUCGUUUGAUCAUGGUGUGUUAUUGAUUCCACUCACCCACAUUCCAGAGACCUGUGAGAGAGUUAGCAGCACUUGGUGCAGCAGUAGAAUUAGGGCUUCUGUACUGCUUUUGAUAACUAUUUAUGAUUGUAAAUAUAUUCUGUAUGUAUUUUUUAAAACACUCAUGGACAUGUGGAGAUGGGUUUGAAUUGUGAUCGAUAAAGGGGCCACUGUUAUAAAAAUCCAGCUGAGGGAUAUGUGUGGACAAGUGAACGUCAUGAGCCCUCCACCAAAAUCCAAACAUAUCACUUAUUGUCAGACAUUUAAAGGGAUGGUUCACCCAAGAAUGAAAAUUCUGUCAAAAUUUUCUCACUCUUAUGUCUCUGUGUAAAUAUCUUUGUUUUGAUAAACUCAAAGGAAGAUAUUUUGAGGAAUGUUUGUAACCAAACCGAUCAGAAGCACCAUUCACUUCCAUAGUAGGAAAAAAUACUAUGGAAGUGAAUGGGGCUCAUGAAUGGUGUUCAUCAGAAAAAAAAUACAUUUAUGCCGGUUUGUAACAACAUGAGGGUGAGUUGUCAUUUUUGGGUGAACUAUCCCUUUAAAUAGGAGAAACACUAUUGUUCUCUGCUUAAAGGAUUAGUCCAUUUUCUUAAAAAAAAUCCAGAUAAUUUACUCACCACCAUGUCAUCCAAAAUGUUGAUGUCUUUAUUUGUUCAGUCGAGAAGAAAUUAUGUUUUUUGAGGAAAACAUUCCAGGAUUUUUCUCAUUUUAAUGGACCCCAACACUUAACAGUUUUAAUGCAGUUUAAAAUUGCAGUUUCAACUGAGCUUUAAAGGACUAUAAACGAUCCCAAACGAGACAUAAGGGUCUUAUCUAGCAAAACGAUUGUCAUUUUUGGCUAGAAAAAUAAAAAAUAUGCACUUUUAAACCGCGACCUCACGUAAUUGCGUAAAAAUUGUGCCGUAGAAAGGUCACGUGUUACAUAUGAAACGCACAUUUGCGGACCAUUUUAAACAAUAAACUGACACAAAGACAUUAAUUAGUAUCAUUCGACAUACAACAACGUUGGAACGGUCCUCUUUCUCCACACUUGUAAACACUGGGGCGUAGUUUCGAUAUGUCAUCCAUGACCUCUUGACGUGAUGACGUAUUACGUGAGGUUGCGCUGGCGCUCACAGGACCAGAGGAAGACGAGAAGUUGUGGUUUAAAAGUGCACAUUUUUUAUUUUUCUUGCCAAAAAUUACAAUCGUUUCGCUAGAUAAGACCCUUAUGCCCCGUUUGAGAUCGUUUAGAGUCCUUUGAAACUGCAAUUUUAAACUGCAUUAAAACUGUUACGUGUUGGGGUCCAUUAAAGUCCAUUAAAAUGAGAAAAAUCCUGUAAUGUUUUCUUCAAAAAACAAUUUCUUCUCGACUGAUCAAAGAAAGACCUCAACAUUUUGGAUGACAUGGUAGUGAGUAAAUUUUCUGGAUUUUUUUUAUACAAAAAUUGACUAAUCCUUUAAUUGCCUUUAAUUUCUGAUGUACAAAGUUAUGCGGAUAUAUCAGAUGUUCUCAUCAAGCACGACUCUUCCAAGCUUCCAAGACACUAAACUGGAUGAAUGUUUAAGUGACUACGUAUGCCUCUUCCUUCUCUACCCUUGUGGCGCUGCCUGAGAGUGGCAAUGAGCACUGACGGAGUUUGGUAGUAAACUUCAGGUUAAAUGUUUGUGGAAAGUCUGUAAGGUCUUUGCUGUCCAUCUCAGUAUUCACACGCACUUCCAACACUCAGAAGUGUAACCAGUAUUGUAAACAGUGUUUGACAGCAAUACAGUCAGGUUCACAAUCUGAGCGUCAACAAAGCCGAAGUCUACGUUUCUGCACGUCUUCAAGUUGUUUAUGUUUUCUUGGAUCAAGUCAUUUUCCCUUGAUUGAUUGCAUUUGAAGAUUUUGUGCGUUUUAUGGGCUCUCAAUACUGACACGGAGCUUGUGUAUUAUGCUUUUAAUAUAAAUGAUUAAUACCCUACGAUAAGGUCAAUCUCAAGAAUCCUCAUGAAUGAUUUUUUUGCAUUGAAAAAGUCAAUUAGGUUUGUUCUCUGAAAUACUCAAUAUUUAAAAAUGUCUUACUGUUAUAUGAAAAUAAUCAGGAAGUACUUGUUGUACCGCCUGUAAUUUGUGAUGACUUAAAUAAUUGCAUUUUUGGUAAUUUUUAUUGUAAUACUGUAAAAAUUACUGGUACAGUUAUAAAAAUCACCAUUUUGGUAGAAUUACAUUAUUAAAUUAUAAAUGCAUUACAGUAUUGAGCAUUUAGGAGGAUCUGCUUGAUUGAUAUGAAAACGUAACAUAUUUUUCUUAUGCAAAAUUUAUUUUUCCAAUUUUUUUUUUAAUAUGAAACGUCAGAUCCAUGUCGUGUGUGCUUGUGCAUAUGCUUGUGAAUGUGUGGAUUUUCUCUUGUGUGUGUAUAUUUGGCCCAUGAGAGCAAAUGCUGGAAGUAGGGAACACUUGAUCAUGAUCAACAGAAAGUAUAUGUACAGUACAUCACCUAAAACAUCCCUCUUAAAAUGAAGGACUGUGUGUCAGUUAUUGCUGGCAAGUAUUAUCUCUGUAGUUGAUUCAAGCACACCCUGAAAACAGCUUUAGUAAGAUUUGUUCUGCAAAACAGUUUUUACCGUUUUGAUUUCUUCAAUGUGUGUUUAGAAGUCUCCAUUUUUUUUAAAAUGUAAUAGAUCAGUCUGACAACACCCUUAAGCUUUUUACUAUUGUGCACUACAGUCUGGUUUCUGUAUUCAUGUAUGAUGAUGGACAGAGCGGUAACCUGCUGUGCAACACCUCAGUCUCAUGUGAUCUAGUUACAAGCCAGUGAACUGGAAGUAGAGUUAAUGAAUGUAAAAGAUGAAUCACCUUUUCCUUCUCAGCUGUUUUUGUAUUAAUUAUACCAGUGAAUUAAAGCACAGAUUAUUAGAA